AUGCAGGCGUACUUGCUAGAAAGCCUUAAACGUACGCCGCGUUUCCAUUGCACGGUAAAUAUUGCACGGUUCGCAAUGCUGUGCGAUACAGAGCUCAAUUCGUGCUCGAAUCGGAAUGCUCAACUGAAAUUACGUAAAAAAAAAAUCCUAUUUGUUUCGUAAAACUUUGUUUCAAAUUGAGUCUGCUAACGUAAUGGAAUAAUGGAAUGAAAUUGAACAAAAUUGUGAAUUUGUACUGGUUGGCGGCAUUAUCGACUUUCCGACCAAUUCUGUCGGUAAAAUAAAAAUUCAUAAUUUCAGAACGCACAGCACAGACGAGGUAUAUUCACGAGACGAGAUUACAAAAGAUUGUCAAUAUUUGAAACGAAUGUUGAAAACCGUGAUAUUCGAGCGUUUUCUUUUCUGUAAUUUCUCAACAAGCCGACAACAGAUUCGAUUCCUUUCUGCAAAAAGAAAACGGUGAUCUCUGUUUAUCAUUUUCUAUUUGUCGUUGAUAUUUGUCUAUCGAUUAUGCUGGACACAAAUUCUGCUGAUGUUGUGUGACUAAUUUAUUAUGCAUUAUUAUAGAUGCGUGUUAAAUUGGAAAGGAUCGUAAAUUUCAACUGCUAAUAUCUGAUUAAUUGGGAUACAGCAAGAACGAUGGAAGAUAUUAAUGCCAAGAGAAACGCCAGAAGGAAGAGAAUUUUGGAAAACUCGGAGAAACGUCUCUCAAAAAUUACUGGCAGAGACGAGAAUAACGAAUCAGAAGCUAAGGGUGUACAUUUAGAUUUAUCCAGCGAAACAUUCAGUGCCGAAAAUUGUACGGAAAAUGUACUUUUACACUCGAAUAUAAGUAACACAAUAUCACAAGGUGACAGUAUUGAUGGCAAUUCGAAUUGGACAAAAAGUUCGUCACUUUUGUUACUGAUAAAUCCUGUAAAUUAUAUAUUAUUAGCGUUUAUCGUCAACAUACUGCUCGUAUUACAAAUGGACCAUUUAUUUGCAAAGAAAAUCGCGAUACCGUACUUCCCAAUAAUGUUGGGUCGCCUGUACAACUACAAAAAUACAAAAGACAUGCACAAGAAUAAUAAUAUGCUGUAUGCUGCCUUAAUUCUGUGCAACAUCAAGCCCGAAUUGACCUAUCAAUUGAAAAAAUUAAUAACAAUAAGUCAUAUGAUAGUCGGAGAUUUGGCCUUAUACAUUUUCAGUUUCACGCUAAUAUAUUACGGAUUCUUUCAUUGUUUGUAUAAUACGAAUAGUCCUAUUACCUUAACUGUAUAA